AUUUGUUAGUAAUAUAGUAUAAAUCAUGCAUUGGGCCCAUAUUUACCCGGAGAGUGAGUUGUACAACUACGAGUAUUUCAGUCAAGACGAUGUUUGCCGACUAUGCUGGAACAAAAACGCGAGCACAGACAUUUAUCUGAAAAUUUCGGAAUACACGGCAGAAAUGUGUUUAUCCGACAUUAUAAAGGAUUGUUUACAAAUAGAAGUAACUAAUGAUCAUUUAAACAAGAUCUGUAACGACUGUUUAAGUGAAAUAAAGCGAUUUCAUUACUAUAAAUUAUUUUGUCAAGAGACGAAUGCCAAGUUAAAAAUCGUGUUCGAAAAACACUCCCUUACGUCCAGAGAAAGCGAUCAUACGUCUGUAGAAAUAAAAAUUGAAGAUAUAGAAGAAAAUUACGAUAACGAAGGCAUAGACACGUAUUUAGAUGAUACUUUAGUUUUCGGAGAAACAGACGCAAUGAAACAGCGAAAACCAACCUCUAAAGUUAGAAAAAAGUAUUUACACAAACGCUCACCUACUUAUUGUAAUAUUUGCUGCAUAGAUUUGGGAAGUGAGCAAGAUUUGUCUUCACAUAAUGCUGAAUUACAUGGUAUAGAAAACAAUGGAACUCUGUUCAAAUGUUUUGGUUGUGAAAAGAGGUUUAAAAGUAGAAAAAGCCGGAUAAGUCAUGAAGUAAACUUUUGUAAAGGUCUUAAAGAUGGAUAUAAGUGCACUUUAUGCGAGAGGUAUCUACCAAAGAGGUGCAUGUACGAGUUUCAUAUGCGAGACCAUAGACAUAACACAUUGACUGAGUUGCCAGAACACAUAUUUAAGUGUAGCAAGUGUUUAAAAUUGUUUAAGACUAAAGAAUUACUUACGAUUCAUAUGAUAGAACACGGGAAAGAGAAGAAUUUCGUUUGUGAUACUUGUGGCCGUGUGUUCACUCGCCAAGAUUACUUAUAUAAACACAAGCUCACCCACACUGGAGUGAAGAGUCACCAAUGUCCCCAUUGUGAUUUUAAAGCGACGCAGAGAUCUUCACUCACUGUGCAUAUCAGAAAACACACCGGCGAACGCCCCUACAGUUGUGACAUGUGCUCCCUAAGGUGUAUCUCCAGCUCAAAUCUACGAGCGCAUCGCAGACGCCAUUUAGGAGUCAAGAAAUAUGAAUGUAGAAUAUGCAGCAAGAAGUUCGGUUACAAAGUUAGUCUUGAAGAACAUAUUUCAUCAGCUCAUGUUCGCUCGGAAUCUCAUCCCUGUGAGCACUGUGGCGCCACCUACACCAGGCUCAGAGGACUCCGUCGCCAUCUAGUGGCCAAACACGGGAAACAAGCCAAGAACAAAACUGUGGAACAAAACCUCUUAGUUCAAGUUACGCAGACAGAUGGCGAUAAAAUUGAUAUUUUGAAGGAAGUCGAAUACGAAUUGAAGGAUGGAGAUAAUGUUUUGCUUUUAAAACAUCAAGAUGGUGAUGUUUAUAUGGUGUAAAUAAAUAAUUUCAUGUAUUUUGUGAAUUAAAACAUGAAGACAA